AUGUCUGUUCUGUCGACUCAUACAUUCCCAGAAGACGUUCAGGAGUUGCUUGAUGUUCCCGCUGGUCGUCGCGUUCCAGAUCCAGCUGAUGAUCAUGUUCUAACCAAGUACAAUCAGCAGAUUAACCUUAUUAAGGUGGCUGCUAAUGUUCUUCCAGAAUUUUGGGAGAAGAUAACUGUCAAUCGGAAAGCUGGUAUCCCGAUCACCAGUGCUGUUAUGAUGUUUCGUUUGGCAAUGGACACACUCUCUCGUCACUACUUGGACUUCUUCCGUGAGUCAUCAUUCAAAGUGGACAAUCGAGUACAGGAGCGAAAAGAUACUGCGAAACUUGGAUUCUUUGCUCUUCGAAAUUUGAGAAGUGCAGUUGACAAUCUGAGCAAUGUCCAAAGUUUGGUGGAGUGCGAGGAACAAAUCAAAUUAGUCAUAAGAAUGGCAGAUGAGCUUCAUGGGCAAAUCUGUGAGACGUAUGAAGUUGCAUCCAAGGAUUAA